UAUAGAAAAUAAAAAGGAAAGAAAAACAGAUUAUUAACACUGACAAUGGAAGCGAAACAAGCUACCGAACAGAUCACAGACAGUUUCAUUCUUUAUUUACAGCCUGACAAGAAAUUUAUCAACACUUACACAGAAAUUGUGUACAUACAAACCGAUGCGAUGAUAAAGAUACUGACACUAAUUUUCAUAUUUACAACAUAUUCUGGAAGAGGCUCUUGCUGCUUUGAUGACAAUGAUGAAAUAUACGAACUAAACAAUGACAUAGGAGAAAAUCACUUACAAGAACACGAUCCAUGCUAUCCUUUCGCCAAUUUGUUUCCAAAAAGAAAACCUAGCAAUGCAAGACGACGUGCUUCUCAAUCAAAAAGGCGAAAACCAUACAGAAAAGGAAAGAAGUUGAAAAGUCCAAUUUCUGAAUUCAGCUUAACAUGGAAAGCCGGCGGAAAUAACAUCCCUGGCAGUAGGCACUUCAGUCGCAGCGCUCAUUCCUUUGGUGAGAAUUCAGGGGUGACCAUUGGACGAGUGUAUGACUUGAAAAACAGAUCGAAAGCAAAGGCGUACAAUGAUCUCGUGAGUGCAGGUGUUUGGAAAAAACACGCCAAGAAAUUGUCAGGUGGAGUCGGACUGAAAGGAAAUGCUGCGAAAAAAUAUAUUAAUAACAACCUGAAAGGUAUCGUCAUUAGUGAAAGAGCACAAGAUAAUCUCUUCAAAGUCGCUGUUUCUGAGGAAAUCGCAACAGCGAAAAGAAUAUUCGCAAAACCCGAUGUGGUAAAAGCAUAUGGAAAAGCAAAUUGGAAUAAAUUGAAUCCAGCUAUCAAAGGAAUUGUUGUUGAUUUAUUGUUUCAUGGAGAUUAUACGGAUAAAACAAGGAAAUUUCUUCAAAAGGCAAUCGUUGAUAACGAUUUAAAGGCACUAACCAAAAUAAUGAGCGACGAGAAGCUGUGGAGCAGUUAUGGAAUGACAUCAUUUCGAUUUAAGCGAAGAAAGCAAUUUCUUAAAAAUGCUGUCAAAAAAGGGAAAUAAAGUAUAAUAUGCAGUAAAUUUAUGAGUGGGCAGAAAGACUACUAAUAUAGUAUUGUAGUAAUAAAUAUAAAGUUGUGAAGUUUAACCGCAUUGUGCACAGUGUUACUCCAACGUUACUAAAACCUUCCUCCGCCUAAGGACACUGUAUGAAAUUUUGGCUUCGUACAUAUGAAUCCAACUCAAGUAGAAUUGCUAAUCAGGCCCAGCAAAAAUGCAAACAUUUAUAAACUAAAACAACCUCGUCCCCAGUGCUUAUAUGAUAUAAUAACCUUGUUCAGGUUCCGCCCAAAUAUAAAAAACUAACAACCUCUGAGAACGAGGUUUAAACUAACAAGCUCUUGUUUGUAUCGAAAACCAUUCUCGUGCCCAGGGUUUGUUGUCUGAUGUCAAAGCCGCUAGCGCUUAUUUGACGGCUAAAAAAGGCAAGAACCCCCUGGGGUCGAGGUUGAACAAAAACUGGAGAAUCGUUAUUUGGAAAUUGCUGCUUUAUAAGGAUAAGAGAAGACAACAGUACCCUGUUUUCACCAGACAUAUAAUGCUACAAAGCCUUUGUACAAAGACUUAAACAGAUACUUUUUAAUAAAAAAUACAGAUGAAAGUUCCAAUGUCAUACAAAGGACACAAAAUGAUUUAUUAGCGAGCAUCAGCGUACCCUUGUAUGUUUACUACGGAAUAAAAUGAUCAGUUAAAACAAGAUUAUAAUAGUUUGAAGAUGAAGUUCUGUGUUAGGAUAUUUUGCCAAGUUGUUUUCAGCUGCAGUAAAAAUAAAUAUCUAUAUUCUACAGUUCUCCUUGAAAAAAUACCCAUUCGAUUUUUCAAAACAUACUGACAUUGGAGAGAAGCAUUAAAACUCAAACAGAGUUACAAUAAAAAGAAAAAAAAAAAAAGAAAUGGAAAUGAAAUCACAAUAAAGCAUAAAAAGAGCAACGUUGAACCCAUACUUUGUAAGUUUGUAAGUGCUGCCCAAAAAUGCUGUUAAAUUUUGGAACCAUUUGUUGUGAUGACAAAGACCUUAUAACCGAAUAUUCUUUUGAUUCUUAGUAACUUUGGUUGUCGAAAAUACAUUUUUUUGGAAGUAUUAUCGCCGUUAAUGGCCGGUAAAUUAAACUUUUAGAUUCUCUUUAGCUCUUUUUUUGGAACAAAAUAAAGAGCUGACAAAAGACUGACAGGCUAAAAAAUACGAUGGUCCCUGUGGGUCAAUUUUUUUCUAAUUUAAGAGCACUUCUCCUUUAUGAUUCAAUCAAUUUACCAACAGCUUUAUACUGUAGCAGGUUCCACAUGUGCAUGAAUAAAAAAAUAUA